UUUACGUUAAAGACUAUAUAGAUAUAGAUCAUUCUGAUCAUGUAAUCUUAUAAUUUACGAAAAAGUUUUAUUGAAAAAUUAAAAGAUGGCACAAUUACCAUCUGGAAUUGUAACUCAUUCUCAAAAAGUUUGCAGUUUAUACAAACGAGCUUUGCUAUGUCUUAAAUAUUGGUAUUUCGAUCGAUUAGCAUACAGAUACGAGGCUGUAAAACUUCGUCAACGCUUUGAACAAAAUGCGAAUAUAACAGAUUUAAGAUUAGCAAAACAUCUCUUACAAGAGGGCGAAGAAGAAUUAUUUAAAAAACAACAUUUUCAACCGUAUGCAUUCCCAGAAUCACCAGGAGGUGUUGCCUAUAAAAGAGACCCCCUAAUACCAGAUAGCGUAUUAGAUUCUUGGGAUCCAAUUGAAAAAGCAAUGUAUCCUAAAUAUUUUGCACGGCGCGAGCAACGUAAGAAAGAAUACAUAGAAUGGUAUUUCAAGCAAUAUCCAGAAAAAAAGCUAGAAAAAAAAGAUCCUCAUUAAAAAAGAUGUAAGGUAAAAGAUUAGUUGUUAAUUAAAUGUUAUACUCAGUAAGUAUAAAAACAUAAUAUGAGUCUUACUGUAUCCUUAAUAUAUAUGCUUUAGCAUUGUCAAUAAACAUUUUGGAAUGGA